AUGCCGAACUAUGUGAAGUUCAUGAAGGACCUUCUAUCAAGGAAAUGCAAGUUGAAGGAAUGCGAAAUAGUAGCCCUGACAGAGGAGUGCAGUGCAAUCAUCCAGAAGAAACUUCCUCCCAAGCUGAAAGAUCCAGGAAGCAUUAGUAUUCCUAUAGCCAUAGGAAAUAUUGAAGUAGGGAAAGCAUUAUGUGACUUGGGAGCAAGCAUAAACCCGAUGCCACUGUCCAUGUGCAGAGCUCUUGGAAUAAAAGAGCUCAAGCCGACUACAGUUUCUCUCCAGUUAGCUGACAGAUCGAUCAGACGACCAGAUAGGGUAAUUGAGGAUGUUUUAGUUAAAAUUGACAAAUUUAUUUUCCCUGCAGAUUUUGUAGUUCUGAAUAUGGAAGAAGACACCGAGAUUCUCCUACUACUUGGAAGGCCAUUCUUAGCCACCGCAAAGGCAAUGAUUGAUGUGGAGCAAGGAAAAUUGAUGCUAAGGGUGAACGAAGAAACAAUCACCAUUGACGUCUUCGAAUCAAUGAAACAUCCAACAGAUGGAGGAGACUGUUUUAUGAUAGACAUAAUACAAGAAGCAACUGAUGAUGCUAUGAAAAAGACCAUUAGAAACCCAAAUAAAGCAUUUUUUGGGUGCCCCAAUUUCAAGGAAAAGAAGCCACACUGCAACUUUUUUACAUGGGUGGAUGAUGCUACAUCUGAUACCAUGGAGCUGGAAGAUUGGAGAAUUAAUAAGCUGGAGUUGAAUGUAGCUAAAACAGAAUUCAAGUUGAACUUUGUGGACAUGAAGCUCAAUGAUGAACUGCAGCUGGAGGUGAAUGACCACAAAAAGAAGAUUAAUGAGCACCAUAUAAAGAUUGAUGAACUAUCAGUGAAGAUGCAGGAAGAGUUUGAAAGGGUGGAGAAGGAAAUUAAGCAUGUGUGUAGGUGUGCUAGGGUGUUUGCUGGAUCCAUUAUUGUUGUGUUUGUAAUAUGUAUAUAUCUUGCAAGUAGGGUGGAGUGA